AUGGAGCCCUUUGAGUAUGACGACUAUUCGGAGUUCGACACGGAGGAACUUGACUUUGAACUACCUCCUCGAAAGCCCACAUUCAGACCAUCCAGGCAGUCUUCUCCCUUUGAACCAGAGAGUGAGUUCUUUACAUUCUUUUCAAAUUAUAGAUGCUACACGUUUAUCAAAACAAAUUUAUUUUUUGUAUAUAUAUUUUUUUCACGUAUGGAAGAGUUCGCCAGGUGGUUGGUUUUGGUGCCUGAGCGGCCGUAGCAUUAGAAAUACCUUUUCCCUUGAUUUGCUGGUGCCUCGUGCAUUGACGUAUAAAGUCAUGCGGGUACCCAUUUUGGGAGAACAGUUUGUAGAGGUGUUUCAUUUCUGCUCGAUAACUUGUUUCAUGAGAGCAGUGGGUUUUGGCUCGAUUCAGAAGGCUGUAGACUGUACUCUGUUUGUGAGAAACAGGAUGGUUACUCCUAACGUGUAGGAUGACCUCUGAAUACGCCUCUUUGCGAUAAUCUCAUUAAUGAAGUGGUACAUCGGUUUUUCGACGUACAAGAACAUCCAGGAAUGGGAGUUGUCCAUAAACCUCCGUUUCGAAAGUAAACGGGAGUUCUGGAAAUAUAGAGUUUAUGUUGAUAUGCAGCAGAUUCAACUGGUCUUUCUUGGCGAUGACAAAAGUCUCAUCUAUAUAUCGCAGCCAAUGUUUUGGGUUAACUGUGGGAAGGACUAUGCUUUCUAAUUUCUGCAGUGCGGCGUCUGCCAGAAAACCGAAUAUGGGUAAACCCAUGGGAGCACCUUUUAAUUGCCUGUAGCCGGUAAAGAGACGUGACCAUCCCAGGUGGCCAUGCACACACUGGGCACUGGGUACAAACUUGCAUGGGAAAACACUCUCAUUGUUGGCGCCUGCCCAAUAAGGAAAGGCCGCAAAUUCCUGGAGGCAAUGCAUUCAGAUGAGGCAUGCAUCAACCGGCAUAUCGAUCUAGAUGCCACACACAAUAUCGUCAAGGACAGAUUCGAACUGACUCAACGAAUCCCGAGAAGAUGACUUUAACCAAUCAUAGAAUUCUUUGUCAGAAUCGGUCGAGAAGUUUAUUGUUUUUGCACGCCCGUUGUCUGAAGACGAGCUGGGGAACCAGUCUCGAAAAUGUACACAAUAAAGUUCACUGUUUCCCAAAGAAUUCCAUCUUCCUAAAUAUAUGUAUAUACGCGCAUACGUGUUCAUAAUGAACCCAUGUCCAGUAAACUUAUUGCACUAAAACGUCGAAAGGCCUUAUGAGACCUUGAAUCGAUGAAGUAAUCCCCCACUAUUCCGAUAUGCAGACCUUCCCUGACGGGAACCCUUGAUUGGUGAAACAGUCCUGUACAUUCUAUUUGUAACCUAAAAUACUAAGUAAUUUUGGAUUUUCAUCCUGCUCCAUGACAAAUGUAUGCAGGUAUGCAUGCAAUUCAUGUGGAUUCAUCAGAAUUUACUCUACUAGAAUAUGUAAACCUUCUGAUAACGGUAUAUGAAAUUUAAUUAAAACCUUGAAAUUCAUUCUCAAAAAGGAGUAGUAUGACUUCAAGAGGGCGAUUUCUAUUUGUGUAUUUGGUCUCCAAGUAGUCGGGAUAUGUAUUCCACAACUGAGAAAUAUUCCCAAAAUAUUGCCAUGCAUGAAAGGGUCAUUAAAAGCAGCGUGUUGUUAUCAAAGAACACUGUCUUGCAGAAAAGAUUUUUGACGACCUCAACAGUUCCUACACGUCCGUCGCUUGUAUAACGGAGAGUGGGGAGAUCCUUAUUUGUUUAUGAAGGUGUUAAUUAAAGAUGUGACAGUUGCCUGCUAACCAUGUCAGGAGAAAGACGCAUAGCUCUGCUAAAUCCGACGUUUUUCUUAGGUGAUUAAGAAGACAUCGGGAAGUUGUCAUAGAGGGCAUUAAUCCUCCGUGCUCGACGGCGACAGCACAAACUUCUUCCAGUCAGGGAUCAGCGUGACUUGGUGUUCAUUGUGGGAAAUACCCAAACAUGUUUCGAAUCUACCAGAAAAAAACAAAUAAGCAAAGAUUUUCCCACGUCUCAAAUUGGUGUUUUUUUCGGUUGGGUGCAUACUGUUCAUUAAAUUAUCCCGUAUUCUGCUGAAGGGUACUAUCCAAACUUAUCUCUAAAUGAUGGGGUCUUCUCGCUUCAAGCCAAUAUCAUUUUAAUGCCGAUUAAACUGUUUUUCGGGAUAUUUCUAAAGUCUUCUCAGUGGUUCAAAAGGACUGGAUAACUCUGGAUUCCCAAAGUGGAAAAGUUCGAAGUCACCAAUUACUUGUAGAACCUGGUCAAGAUUUAGUUUGUAUCUAUCUCGGCCUGUCGUGCUAGAUUUCUUCGGUAAUUUGUCCUAAUCUAGACUGGGACUUCCCGUUCAGUGAGCGAGAAACAAAAGGAUCCUAUUUUGCGUAGCUUGACUUGCCGACUUCAAUCUCUAAUUCGUUGAGAGUAGUUCGCCUUUUCGAUGGGCUCUGUUUAAGCCCUGCGAUUUAAUUCGCAGGAGUUAGCUGCCUUAAGCGACCUUCUGCCCAUGGCGUAAUAUUGUCGUACUUUCAUGCAAAACCGAAGAUUUAAGGGAUUGCAUUUCGAUGGAUCAGAUGUUCUUGUCUACAAGCUUGCCUAAGGUAACGGCAAACGAAUAAAGAUUGCCAAGGAAACAGGACUUAUUUACGCCUUCAGAAAUCCCCAACGCAGGGACAGGGACUCCACAUGCAGUCCAGUCGAUAUAAUGAUGCACAUGUGAUCCUUCGGCAGUUUACAAAGUUUUAGAUCAUAAUUUCGGGAAGUCCUGCAUUUCUGUAGACUGAACGACCAUCUACUGUCCUCCAGCAUCAUACAACUAUUCCUUUGCGAUGUUUUUUGGCAAAAAUGCACCAAAUUAUCUCGUUUACUGACGGUAAGCUUUGGAAGUAGGCAUUGGGAGAGGACGUUGUUUUGACGGUUAAAUAGGCCUUAAAAUAUGUUUUUUUUCUCGCUAGUUGAUGACGGGGAGAUUGAAAGGCUGCGCUCCCGGGUUCGUCAGGUCACCUCUGACUUCCUAGACAGCUGCGAUUCAACAAGGAACAAGGCCAAGCAAAAGGAUGAGGCAGCGCUUAAACAAAUCGAUAUGGCAAUGGUACAUAUUUUUACCUCAUUUACUUUGGCAUCGGCUUACGAUGGGCUAUGAACUUACAAAUAUUAACCAGAUAUUAGAAAGGACAACUUUCCAUUAUUUUAGUUUUUGAACGUAUGAUUUGUGAAAAUAACAUGAAACUCUAUGCAGUUCUACGAAGAAUCCAUCUGCAUUUCAACCUGAACGCCUCCUAGCGCGCUCGAGUGCUAUCGUUCUUUGCCAAAGCACAUUUUUCGGAGUCCGGAGUCCGACGUCAUUUUAAUAUUUUUUGCUUAACUUUGGCACCUAACACACAAUCAGCCAAUAAACAACUGGCAGCUAAGGUGCCGCCAUUUCAUGCGUAAGUUUCACAUACCUCACAAGCAAACUUAUUGCGACCUCGUAAGGUAGCGCUCGACUUGCAUAUGUCCUGGAAUCCCAAUUUUAACAGGCUGCUUAUAUCAGGAGUCAAGCGUUUAUAAAAAACGACAUACUGUCUGAAUUCCCCAAAUAAAACUCCGAUAAUUUGAAUGUAUGCUUCAUUCUCCCCCUAUCCUUGUGCAAUUUCUACUCUGCUAUUUCAUGUGAAAUAUGCCGUAGUUCGCACUGUAUGUCGCCUGCACACCUAAUGGCAUGUUUGCACCCACUGACCUUUGGAAGGAACUUGUGCUCCUAUGUAAGCAUUACAAAUCACAGAACUUGAGGUUCUGAUCCCCAGGCUUUGCUGUGGAGUUUGUUAUUUAUCUUCCGAGCAGACGUUUCAGUCCUAUGUAACUCGCCACUUGAAGAAAUUCCGCGCUGCUUUGCCCUCCACCAUUAAAAUCUUUAAAAUAAAUUUAUAAUUUAACGAUUUCAAUAUUUUUCCCUCUCAUUUAUUAUAAGAAGGCCAAAGGCCGCCACUCCAAAAUCGAUGUCAGUAUGGACAAAUGCGGAAGGGCGAUUUUUUACAACAGUGUUUGUGACACAACGAUUCCACUCACCUUCUGACAAGAAGCACUUUGUUCGUCGUGCAGUUCGUUACAAUUAGGCUAUUCGCGAACUCGAAGUUCUCUAUUUUUCCCAGAAAAAAAACCAAAAUUCGGCAAAAAAAAACUAUGGAACGGGUUAGGAUGACCUAGAAAGUUCCAGAGGAGCGAAAACCGAAUAAAGUUAUUACAUGACUAUUGACCGCGAUCCUUGCUGUUAAACCACCCAACAACAAGCGGACUGGUUAAACGGCUACCGACCCCAUUUAAACUGUUCAACCGAUUCUAUUGACUACACUUCAGCGCUUUCAUAGCGGACUUCUAACUGGUAAAAAUGUGCCUUUGGCCCUAUCAUUUACAUACAAUAUUCUUCUCCGGUUCUAUCGUUCAUUUUUGGUAAAUGAAUCACCAAUUUUCUAUUUAAGAGAUUCGCUACAAAGUCCUUGAGCACAGUAAGGAACUGCGAAAGCUAGGACAAGCUCCGGUAUCGUAGACGUGCUUUGGCAGAAACAUCCUUGUUCUUUGGUUAAAUGGCAUGAAUAACGCCUGAAAAGGAGGACGCGGCGAGGUUUGAUUUUGCAGCCGCACUUUAUUGAUGCCAUAUGGUUAGCUUCCUGAAACAAUUUUAGUUGGCAUACCUUAUUUAGACACCGCUGGAUUAGGGGGGGGGGGGGAAGAGGGCGCAUGCAGAGCUCGAAGCACGCACAGGCAAGCGCGUGAAGAUGGAGUGUACACACUCUCACCGCAACAAAAGGUCAAAAGGUUUGGAAGCGUGUGCUAUGCCAGUAUCAGCAAACCAUGGCCCUCGCAGCUUGGUAUGCGCUGACAGUUCCCUGACACCUGGUUCCCUGCCGGUAGAUGCGCUUGCGCUGCCGCUGGGUAUACAGGUGGCGGACAUGGCUGCCCAGUCAUCCUCGUCCUUCUGACUCCUGUUGGGGUGUCGUUGUUGUUGGUGAAAAAUCCUAGUCAAGUGUAUGUUGUCGACCAGGGAGUCCGGUGACACGCCUAGGUCCGGCCAUGCCAGCCACCUAGGCCCUCUCCCGCCUCUGGUCUUUUUAACUCUGUCUUGAUACCGGGUCCAGGCCGGUGGUGAGGAAGAGAGGGUGUGGCAGAUGCUGCGCAAGUCUGAUAUCACUAUAAACUAAGUCACGCGCAAGUCACCGUGCCGGCUGCACCUUGCUGUGUAGUGCAAAGUGGGCAUCAUUGGAAUCGACGGUCGAACUGUCAGAAGGUCACGAAGGGAACCGCGUGAUGAUUUGCAGUUCAUGGCCAUGGUAAUGGAACCGACGGAGUUCCAAUCCAUCCGAGCAAUUCCAUUAGCGAGCCCACUUAGCUACUCGCUGGAUUAGUAUAAUAAAUAGGAGGCAAUCGGAACUCGAAGCACGCACAGGGAAGCGCGUGCGAACUGAUACCUAAGGUAACCGAGGCUGGCGUAUCAGCACUGCUCCUCCCCUGGCACAGUCACUCGCUGUAUUAAAGAGGCAAGGAAGGUGCAAACACGUGAUAUUCGUAAGGUCGACGUGUUCGCAUCUACUAAAAUCGUUUUGGGAAGGUGAUCAUGGGGCACAAAUGAAGUCGGGCUACAGAAAUAAACCUCGCCGAAGACGCCUUUCGACUGAAUCAAUUCGCAUCUUGUAUGAAGCUAACGCCGCCAAUCAUUCAAUACCACCGUUUUCACGACAGAGUCCUUAAAUACUUACCCUUGUGUUCAGGGGGCGCAGUACUUCUUAAUUUAACUGCCAAGGAUGUACAUCUAAGAGGAAACUGGUUACAAAUCCAUCAGUUUGUUGCUCAAACUAAUUGUGAAGAACUCUUUCUGUGUUUAUAUACACACACAGACCUUGCUUUGUUUCGUGGAGAUAAAAGCGGAGUAGCUCUUUUUCAUCCAAUCUCUAACUACAGGUCAACCGUCAGUUAAUUAUUUAUGAUGAUUCUUAAUUGGGCAAGGGUAUUUGAGCGACCAUUCGAUCGGAUCAGAAACACUGAGGAAUCCAACUGCAGUUUGGUCUUGAAAAUAUUUUUCAAGCUCAUGCUGCAGUUACGUAGCGGCAGAAAGAUUUUUAUUAGCAUUAAUACCGGUUUUAUUUGUGAUCGACUUUUAUUAAGUCAGCGCAUUGUUUCGCACGCAUGUAAUAUUUUAAGCAAUUCAACUUAUUUCGAGUUAUGCAUGAUAUGCUUUAAAUUACUCAAUAAUGUGCACUCUCGUGUCUGAUUUACGGACUGGCGUUUCGCUUAUCGCGUUGUUAAAAAUUACUUGUGGAAACUUCCAAAUUGAGCCCUUCUGACACCAUACUUACAGAAGCUGUGAAUGGUAAAGGCCCUCCGUUUCAAGUUAGAAGUUUUUAGAGUUCAUUUGGUACUUAUUUCACAUUCCCUUCUGUCAACCACCCACCUAUGUGCAUAUGUUCAUUUCACUUUUUCCCUUGUUGCAGUUCAAACUAUGUUCUGCAGCACUUUGCUGUGCUGUGAAGAAAUUUGCUGUUAACACUCCCGCCCGCUUCCGACCUUUUCUAGUUCCCCUUUCUUAAAUUUUGAAUAUUUUGCUACGCAAGGAACUUCCGCCGACAGUUCCAAAGUCAGUUAAUGGAGGUCGACGACGGCGAUCCUUAGGUAUGCCACCACGUAGCGUGCUGGAGGAAAUCGAAGCUCUGGAGUCCUUCGGCCGGGACACUAGGGUGAGCGAACAGUUCGCUCCAUCUACUUUCAUGCCAGUGAUUCGAUUUGUGCCCCUUCCACAUCAAAAUGAUUAAUGCAGUUUCCCCCUUAUAUAUCGCAUUAAGGAGGGUCGGCCGAUAGACGGUGAAUUCUUGUGCUUGCAGAACGAUAUAAAUACUUCCCUUCACGUAGAACCAAAGAAUUCAGUGAAUGCAGUCCUACACGGUUAAAUCGGGCAAGAUAGUUUUAGGAGCUGAGAGCAGUGUUUAGCAACCUUUAAAAGAGAAAUGUAUGCCUACAAAUAAAAUUAUUAGAAAUGCAAGUACUCAGACUAUACUGUUGAAUAGAACGGCGAGGCAAAGUAUUCAGGUCUCGUUGGCGUAACAGUACUUUCUGAUACAAAAGAACUACCAAUAAUAUCCGAUUCAAAAUCUAAGGAAGAGAAGUGUCUCCCUAAAAAAUCGGGCAUUCAAGAAGUUUGCACAGAAGUUGUAGACUCUGACUGAGAAGUCUUCGUAUUUUGAAUACUCACCCGAAAGGACCGUUAUUUUGAAGUUACAUUGGUUUCAGUGGAAGCAGAUGCAUUUUUUCGCAUCACUCAGUUAGUUUUUGCAGCUGCCCUCCUAAGAAACCGAGAAAAGCCCUCGGGCAUGCCAGUCGCAGUAGUUCUCUAAUUGCAGCGAACAGCGACCAGAAACGUAAGACAACUGGGGGUUUACAACUUGCGCUUCCUAAAGUUUAUGACACCACAAACAUAAAAGGUUGGUUUAGUUACGGAGAAAAUGUCGUGAUCCUAUGGUUUCUACACUGACUGGCGAGUGAGUAAAGCUUGCUAGUUUGUUUUUCCAAGUAGGAUGUGUCGAAAAGGAGGGGUAUCCCAAAUCAAAAGUCAAGGAGACAUAGUUAGGGGGCACCAGUUACUGAAACAAGGGAGCGUACAAAUUGCUCAGGAAUCGGCAGCGGUAAAAGUUCUAGUAAACCGGGUGCCAAUCAUUGAUGUUGUUGCGCCAGCACAAGAUGGGGAUUGCACCUCAUCGACCAAUCAGCAAAGGGCACAGCGUCGAUUGGCAACGAAAUGUCGCCACGACAGGGCCAGAUCAGGCGCAGUGCAAGCCGUCAACUUGCGAGGGGGGGGGGGUCGGUCACUAUCGUUACUUCGAGUUGACCUCCAAAGACCACUUAAAACCACUACCUCAGGCCUCAAUUUUUCGAUGAUCGAGAGGUGCUCACCGAUCGCCCUACGGGACACGCACUCUGUUGUGCUUUGGGGCCAUCGGUGAGGGCAUUCCUACCGUUGUAUAUGUCCGCUCGCAACCGACAGGAUAACAAGUUCGUAGCUUAAUGGUUCUGGCGUUGGACUUCUAACCAACAAGUCACGGGAUCGAGUCUCAGCGUUUACAUAAUCUGGGCUUGGGUAGGGCUGGCUGAAGGCAGCUGGUAAGCCAGAAAUUGCAUUCUGGUCUCCCAUGUCUCUGUAGGUAAUGUUAUUCUGUCUCAAUUUGUCGGCAAUCCGCCCCUCCUUAUAACGGAAAAAAAUCUAACUUACACGUUAAAACAUCGUAUUUAAGCCCCUGUGCUUCCCCGAGAGUUUGACUGGGAAUAUGACCAAGUUAUAAGGAAUUUUAACGGGAAGAAUGUGGCCACCCAUCCAAGUGGCAGUUGCGUUCGGGCCUAACACUCUGAUAAAAUCCUUAAAAUGGUUUAUGAUUUUUUGCUCAAACAAAGUUUUCGGACAUCUUCCCAUGCACAGCCGCUAGCCGAAAAAGUGCCAAGGUCGCCAACACCCAAGUCCCGAUUUCUUAGACCGACAGGCAGUAGCGAUCGCGCGUCGCCGCAGGUAAGCCCGCCCCUGUCAACCCUAGAACGGUGUGCUCGAAUGAGUGGGAGUGGAGGGGCCGCCCCAGGCAGGAGUCGCCCCGUCCGCACGUUCCGCUCACGUCGCAAUUUCCUCUAUCUCCGCCCCUCCCCCACCCCCCAUUUAGUUUCAUUUGCUGUCUCGGAAUGACUAACGGCGUUCUCUAUCCGUCUAUGGUUUCAGUUCAUCUUCGCUUGUGUUUGUUCGUCGGUGUACUUUAAUUUCGUGAAUCUUUGUUUCCUCUCGCACACUUUUUUGAUUUUUCUGCUGCCGGACGACCGCUAAAACAUGGCACCAUUUCAUUUUCCCGGUCAUGGCACAUAUUUUUUUAAUAGAGCCAUUUUAAAAUAAGUUCUGUCACUCGUAGAUGUUUCCUCUUUUAAGCAGACGUCGUCCUUGAGUUUGGCCAUACUGCUACCAUUUGACCUUUUUCAGUAGGUUUUAACUGCCCCUCGGGACUGUUAGGCCCAGUCGUUCCUCUGGCAUAGCAACACGUAAUAAUAUAAAGACAGGGAGCGUCUUUGUUUCUGUUUUCCUCAUUUUCCUCACCCAUUCACACCCCAUACCGGUCAGACGCGCGUUCAAAACUUGGUAUUCUCUUGAGUUAUGUAGUGUGUGGAGUUAGAUCCUCCAAACUUCUUGUCUACGAUUUGUCGGCAAAUUUCUUAGGUACUUCUUCAUCCAAUCGGAGGGACCCGAGCUGUCGGUUCGGCUACUUAUCUAUGAGGAGAAAAAUAUCUUCCCAGUUGAACAGCCAUUUUCAAUAUUUUGCGUAGGUGAGUGCGAAUCCCGAUUACCGUCAUAAUUCUGGCAUCGGAUAGGCCAAAAAUAAGCAUGCUUCGAAGAACUGAUAAAUACGCACCCAGUUCUAUUGUCUGUGGAUUUACUGUACAUAAAACCAUUUUCCGUUGAACUGAGUCGACAUCCCCCAAAGAGAAGAUCGUAGCUGAAUGGCAAAACUGCUCCUUGAAACUGAUGUGGCCGUUUUGGAAAGCAUAUUAUAACACUUCAGUGUUUUAGUUAGAUCGACCGGGAGUGCAUAACGAUUCCUACAUCAAAGGCAUCUGUCAGAGUUUUCGGUAAAAGUCCAACCGACCGUCAGCGCCGUCUACUUGCAAAACUUUGGCUUGUUUUUGUUUUCGAUAUUUCUUUUAAAGUACGCUGACUGUGGCAUUUGGUUUUUUGUCUUUAAAACCUAAUUCCAUUCAGUCAGUGAUGAUUUUUAGUAGAGGCACAGCUGGCAGAGCAUAAGCCAUUUGCUGUCUAUGGCGCCAGCUUUGUGGGCUUUAUCGGAGAAGUUAAAUCCUAAAUUUCUCAUUAAACCUACCCGUUUUGCGAACACGUAAAUAGUACUUGCCUGUCAGCCGUUGUAUCUACGCCGACCCCUCGGCACCUCCUUACCACGCUGUGUCCUAGGCAGCAGAUAUGCCAGAACUUUCGAAACUUAUAUUCUUAAUAAAGUCGACUUCGUAAAAAUAACGCUGCUUCGAAAAUGAGGUCAGAUGGAUUAAACUAAACGCACAAACGGUCUGACUCGAACAGUAAUGUCCCUGAAAGCUACAAAGCUUUCAAAGCGGAAGAAUUAUAGCUGUCCUGGUUCAGGCCAUUUUUGGUACCAGACUACCACGCGGAAGCAUACCCUUCGCAGACUAUAACUGUCCACUAAUUUUAUACACUUUAUGUCAAACGGGUUCUCAUCUCGUCGGUCUCGUGGAACAGAAUUUGACAGCAUUUAGUUCGAUACGAAAACUCAUUCUUUACAAAGCAGCCCUGAUAAAAUGACGAAGACUCUAACGUCCGAUGCGUCUGUUUGUUCCAUCAAAACUCAUCAUGAAGGCUACUGCAGGACUGUUUCCUCAGAGGUAGGGACGCAUAGAAGAAUUUAACGAAAUUAAACUGUUUUAUUAUCUGCAUCAUCCGUUGUUCUGAGGGGGAUAGCGGCAACUCCUUAAUUUCUCCAAAUAAAAUGACAUUCCAUGGAGGGGCUAGUCACUGUCCAGUAGGUUUGUGCUUCAAUCACUGAAUUCCUAGAAGAAACACCAACACGUAUGGAAAACGGUGCUGAGAUCAAGGUUUGUAGUGACUCAACUCCUGGCGUCUAUUGCUGCACCCUGCUUCUGUCUGGUGCUUGCUUUCACCUACGAACCGGUGGAAGUUCUCUGUCUGACACACAGGGACUCUCUAUAAUGCUGACAUCUCGCCUGGCUGAUUGCCGACACGGUAAGUCGAAGCCACCCAAACUGGCCAAACAACUCUAGGGUCGAGGCAGAUAUGUUCUCACUCAAAGCAUUAGAACGCCUGUCCCGUCGGGUACCGUACGCGCGCCGUACGUUUGACUGCCAACCGGCCCCAAAUAAACCUAUUCUCUAUUCAUUCUGCGCAGAACACAAUACUCCCUCUGCUGACGUUCAACUUUUCCUAUUGGAUACCUGGCCGGAUGCUCGUAGUAGUUGUGGUUUGCCCUUGGCCUUAACUAAUGCCGAAUUGGUGAAACUUACGUAAUCAAAUGGCAACCACUUGACUUGACUGAGCCAAAUCAUCAUAAAGUUCAACAGAAAACGCGGUUGAGCGCACCUCAAGAAAGGUUUACUUAGUACAUGACACUCUCUAGAUUCCUAAUCAACUGCGAAAACGGUACUUCAGCCAUGUUAGCACAGAAAGUUCUCUUUCUUUUCGUGCUCUUUCUUGUUGAUACGAUCACUGGCAUCAUCUCUCAUGACCUCCGUCCAGAUCUUCAACUCAAAUCUCUUCCCCUCUCGCUAAAACUCCCAAAGUUCGACAAGCCUUUACUUCGGAGUUCGGACGGCACUGAAUCUCAUCCCCAACGCAGUAACCUGGUUUAGCACUAACCAGCAGGCACUGCGUCGAACGCACCCCUGCUUCUCAUAGGAACAUGCCAACCCAACGGGACAUGUUUACGAGUUCCUAUCAGCCAAUUCUCUAACUGAUACCCCGCCCACCCCUCGCAAGCGACACACUCUCCAACCCACUAGUGAACUGUAUGAAACCAAUCAUUUCCUCAUUGACCGCAGUUCAGUAUCUGGGACCAGUUGCAGCACCCCAAACGCCUAUAAGCACCCCGUCCCUGUCACAUACGUCACAUCAGGUUUCACGCGAUCGGGGUUUUUGUGUAGUGUAUGCAGUGUAUGCGGGCAUUCUCGAGACCUAGGAUCAUCCGAUAUACUCACUAAGCUGACGCUGACUGGCUGUCACGUGAGACAUGCCCAAUCAUGCGUGCCAACAUCCCCAUUUCGGGGGACGCACGUGCAGACCCAGUGCCAGCCGCGCGUUGAGGGCCUCCACGGACCCUCUUACCUGCAUUACAGUGGCACCACGCGAAGGACUCUGUGUAGUACUUCCAUAUUUGGCAACGGUAUGGAGAAGGACCCCGCUUAACUGACGGCAGACUGUGGAUCAAGUCAUAUGGGCUUCUAUCAUGGCAUCCAUUCACAGGUCUCGCAUACAUUAGACUGCCAACAACAAUCGCUUGCCAUGACUUCAAAUCAUCACUCAAACUCCCUUUUUUGAAAUUUACUUUUUUGUUUAUCUUUAAUUACCACGUUCAUUUCCGUUGUCGUAAAAAUUCGUACGAUGCGUCUUUCAGCAGAAAUCCAAACAAUUUCUGUGUUUUCCUGCAUUUCAUCAGCUUACUGUCUAGUGUGCUGCCCCACCCGCAAAACUCCUUUUAUCACCAAUGGCGUAUGACAGGAUUCACAGUCGACCGACAGCUAAGUAGGGUCCUUCUCAAUACUGUUGCCCCAUGUUUACCUUCGCUUACGAUUUUGCCCGGUUGGCUGUAUUAUUUGUGCGGAAUUACCUAAGUGGGCGUCCUGCCAGCGAACAUGGUCCCUCCGAAAGAUCUUUUUUCUCCCUGAAUCAUUGCAAAUCGACUCGCAUCUUUUCGACCCUUCAUCAACUACCUAAGCAAAACUCCACUACUUCUUGACGUACGCUGUCUCUAUCGCAUGCUCCGGCCAUCCGAUCGGCAACCCCUGAAUGCACCUUUUAACACUUGUUUUAAUUUAUGUCCCUGCUUUACUAUAGCCUGUCAAUCGCAUUUGUUGAAACCUUCUAGUGAGGAAGUUCACGGCAGCUUCCCAGCAUUUUCGCUGCAGCAUGGGCAGUGAAUGCACGGGUCUGGCCUUCGCACGUGCACACACUCCUGACCUCUUGUACUUUUCACCUUAUGUUUGAGUGACCGUUUAUAGUUUAAUGUAUUUAAAAUAGGUGAUGUCCUUUUGAAAUAAAAUAUUGCGUAAGUUUCCGACACUGGUUACCCAGCACGUGGUCGGACAUAUGAGUCAUGCACAAAAACAGUUGACAAUUUAACUGUGUCUACCAUGUGACUCUGUGGUUGGUCGGAGCCUGCGUGAAUGCGUAAUCAAUAUGUUCCCUCCGAAAUUUAUUGGGGCACCGGUUCAGUCAAUAUCCCAGCCUGACGGCAAUUAAAACCGCGGAACUUCCAUAAACCCUGGUUUAAAUGUGCUUACGCUUCCUUUGAUUUGCGCCAUUUCGGACAGGCAAGCCAUUGGCGUGCCCCAACGAAUGCAACAGCGCUUUGUGCAAGUUGCUUCUAAAAUCUUUUUUAAACCUUACGUUUUCCUCUUCCAGGUUUUCACCUCCCGCUACCACGCUGGUUCCGUCCCACCACCUAUUUCGCGGAAAAUUGUAAGACGUUUAUUUUUAUGCGUGCGCCCUAUCUGCAUAUGGAUAGUUUAACACUGAUUGGCAUGUCUCUCCAGGGCGGACAAUGUCCGAACAUGGCCAAGGGGAUUACAUAGCUUGCAGAUAGGCAUCCACCUACAGGGUCCUAAAGCCUUUGAGCUGCAAUAACGGUGGUAGACUGAUAAAACCGAAGAGGUGGUCUUCAAAGGUGUUGUCCGUUACAUUUAAGUUAACUGAACUGCACACAGACUUACUAAAGUACAAUAACCAAAACAUCAUGGCUUCGAACUUCAAGUGCCCUAAAACCUGGAGUUGGGUUAGGGCGGCUGACGAUGGUUAACAAGUCAGAAAUGGCCGUCCCAAUCUCCUUUGUCUCCCCUCCGCAUAUAUAUAUCCCGUUCAUCAUCCCCAAAAGAAGACAAAGAAGAAAAAGAGUCGAGUCCAUGGUUCUGACGUCUCGGAAACUUUUUCCCCCCACAACCUGAUGGACUGAUCAGUUGCCGUUGCAUGUGUGAAUCGCGUUCAGCUGUUUGGGCGCGUCGGUGGGUCGAUGUCUCGCGCCGGUCGUCUGACCCCCGACUGGCUCUCUCAAAUUGUUCGAGACGAUGCUGAAACAGCGCUGUGCAUAGCUCGCAUAAGGCCCUGUUCACUCUGUAAACACAUAAAAAGGCUAAUUAUAAAUUUUAAUUAAACUGAGGGAGGCUUUGGGAUUUAAGCAAACGAUUUCUCGAUUUCGAUGUAUUCGGUAUGCGUAAAUAAAUCUAGCUUGAUUGGCGCCCAAAGGAUUAUGACCUGUGAAGGAAAACUUGUUCCACUUUUAGGUCUCGGAAACCGUCCAAAAUCCCAAACCCACCACGCUCGAGGCGGACACGCAGGAAAAAAGAAGCACACGAAGGAAGAUGCGGGAAAUCGAGGUCAGUUUUUCAUGAGCAUUGUUCUACUUUUUCAUCCAGAAUUUCUCGACUGACUGUUUUUCUUUUGCAGAAAUAUUUAUGCAGGACAGAACAUAUGCGUGCUUUCGACAAACCCCAUAAGAUCUGUACAUGUAUAUGGCAAGGGGGUACAAGUAAAACAUGUGAGGGAUACGAGAAAUCAAUUACAGUUUGUCUUUUCAUAAACGUUGGGUGUGGGAACAGCGGAGAAGGAAGAAGCGACAGUGAGUUAGGAGGCAAUGAGUUGGUAGGAAGGGCGGAACUCGGAGGAGUGCACGCAGGUAACCGGCCUUUGGUCACGGUAGGAAUGGAGCUUGUACCAGGUUCUUUAGUGCGCGCAAGACUGCUUUUCGUAAUCUGAUGGCAGUUGCCUCCGCUGUUGCUAGCAGAAGCUGACCCUGUGGCUUAGGGUAGUACGGUGGGACCUUUUAAAUCAUAUGGAAAACUUUGUUGUGAUCCAUUAGAUUCCCAGAACCAACAGUGUGUGUGGAACUGGUCCUGUUUAUGCUUUAAUUUCGUCUUUUCUCGACCAUAAGGAGAGGUAAUCGCGUAUUCGUCCAGAUAGGCGCCCACCCAGACGAUUACUAUAACCUGCCUCACAGAAACAAUAAAGGAGUAAUUGAACAUGCAGGUGGUCUGAGGUGGUAGCCUAUCCUUACCUUCUCCGGACAAAACAGGAUCGUUCGAGAAUGAUGCCCGAAAUCUUCCCCCUGGGAAGGUUCGUGGAAGAGUCCUUCAAGCCUGCUUCUAAUGAGUUCACUCGUUUCAUCCCCUUAAAAAGUGAUUUUAAGGAACAGAGUUGUCAUUUCCGCCGCCAGUGCAAUGCGUUUUAUGGGUCUCCCUGUAAUAUUCUUCCCGAUCGAAGUAUCGAAGUAUCCGUUCUAGCAAAACAGGUCUUGGAUCUUUCUAAGCUCCUCGCCGAUGCUGUCUGCCGGACAGAUUUUUUCAAGUCCUUUGCGCUAAGCAACGAUCAAGAUUGCGUUUCUGUUAUUAUCUCUUCCGCAUCUUCCUUUUUACCACAUGCUAUUUGUGUGAAAAGGCGAACUGAAUUUGAUUUCUCUCAUCACUCUCAUGUUUUACUUCUACCCCGAUCCCAUGUGAAUGUACUGUACUGAGUUUAUCGAAAGUCCGCGUAUACUCGCCAGCAAACCUUUUGAAAUCAAUAAAUACAGAAAUUGAAGUCAAUCGUUUAGGAUAACUUUUGCGGCCAGCCUCGAAACUCUAAUGCCACUAGCUGUAAUAUUGUCCUUAGUACCGUCUAUCUGUAAAAAAAUCUGUGUUCAAUACUUUUGCGCGUAAGGAAUCUGAUUUUCCGCGGUAAAAGCAUCAUUUCGGUUAUCGCGAAGAUGUAUCACUACGGUAAUUGUGAGUAACAAUCCAUGAACAGAUGGAAGACCAGGUCCGCUUCCACCCGUUGACCUAGGAUGGACUAAGAAUAAACUGGAGGCGGUCUUUGUUUCACUCCUUCCCAUCCUCAUUGGAAGGUGUGCUUUGAUGCUUUUGUAAAGUUGCCAGAUCGUCUUCUUAAUAGAGCCUGCAUUCCGGGGUCGGAUGAAAGUUCGAACCAUGUUAAAUGCGGGCGAAACAGUUUUUGUCCUCGUCAUCGAAAGAUUGGAGCUGAGACUCGAAAAAAACAACUCCACUUGACAGACCGGACAUGCAUAACCAGGAAUUUUAAAAAGUUGUAUUUACAACAGCUCGGUAACUGUAUCUCUGGAAGGAUACUGCCGUGGAGAGCUCCUUCUUCUCAACUGUUAACUGUGCGGAUGGAUUCUGUCCUGGUUUCCUUCAGUCUUGAAUUGCUUAAUUUCAAAAUGAUUGUUAAGGAAUAACGCACGGUUUUUAAGAACAAUAUGCUAUUUCUGGCUGUGUACAAGUUGUCCCUACUAGCACCGCCUCAUUGUCAAAAUCAUUGAUAAAAUCUGGGACUCAUGAUAAUCGACUGAGGUGCCUCAUGGUUGCAUAAAGCAGAUCUCUGUUUCACAUUCAUUACAGAGCCGGCUUGAUGGCAUUCUCGACUACGAAACCAAGUCCGCAUCCGGUUUUAAAGAAAUGCGAUCGGCACUGCAGGAUAUUCAAGACAAAAUGGCAAAGCAUCGCCUGUUGAUCGAUCGCUACUCGGGUUUAGAUAUGAAGGAAGGCGACGGAGUUGUAAAGGAUCGCGUUGAAGCAAAGGUCGAAGAACUCGUACCACGGUAGUCGUAUUUGCGUUGGUACUAACUAUGUUGUGUUAGGUUGCCAUGCCUGACCUCUGUUCAGCGUCCACAUGGUGCUGGCGACGGCGCUAUUUUGAGUGAUUUUGACCCAAGACUCGUCCCGGUACGCUUAAUUUUUUAUAAUUUUUUCCUUAAAUCCCUUUGCAGUUGCUUUCCGCCGAGUGCAUUUAUACGAAAAAGUACAGUAAAGGGCGAUGUUAGUGGCCCUGGAACCAGGUUAAUUUUCAACUUUUUUAUCCAAGAACAAUCGAGGAAAACCCUAGCAGUUCCUUACCAUUCUAAACAUGUUCAAGGGUCCAGCAUCCUGCACUUGGUCUCCUGGCAAAUGACAUCAACAAAACACCAACUUUUAGAUAGGAAGUAGUCUUAAGUGAAACAAAAAUACUGACUGUGAAAUCCAUGGCUGACAGACAAGUUAAUGUAGUGCUAAAAAUACCAAAUUUUGAAAGCGAUAAUUUUAGUUCGUGCAGAUAAUAACCGUUGGCGUCUGCACUCAGAAAAAUUUACUGUUCAUCAAGCGACAAGCCCCUUUCGUUAAAUUUAAAGGGGAUUCUUUUCGUGUUUCAAAUUGUGUUCUUUUUAACCGUCAGACCUUUUAGAAGUCCGAUACGUUGACUUUUAUAUGGGCUUGGGACCAAGAGGGUGACUUCGGGCAGUCAAUCAUUCUUCCGGAGAGUAGUGUUUGAAUAGAGACUGGUAAUACUCUGAUGUUAACUGAAGUGAUCCAAUUUAGUGAAUACGUUUUCAACAGCAUUAUAAUCGAUUUAGUUAAAAUCAAACGGGAUUUGCGGUCAUAUCAAAAACUGUUCCUGGAUUAAAAUAUAGGAUGAAAAAUUGACGUGACUUCAUAGUUUGGGAUGCUCAUUGUUCUAGCAUUCCUCCAUGAAUAUUUUUUAAUUUGUCUACGUAUUACUUACAGGAAAAGAAAUAAGCAAUGUUUGUAUCUUUAGCAUUGCUUUCCCUCGGAGUAAAUUUCGCAAGUUGAGCAUUUGGUCUGCUACGGUCAGUGGUGCCCAAAAACUUUAAAUCUACGCAUUCUUUGCUGUGUUUAUUCCGAAUUCUUUUUGCUCAGUCGCAGACCCAUGUCCUUUUACGUGUCAACAAUGACUCGAACUAAUAUUUGCAUGCUGUUGGUGGUUUUUCACCAAACUAGCUCAUAAACAGCAUGAAAUGUAAAAGGACAGGCUAUGAGAAAUAGAGGAACUCGCACAGCCAGAAAACAAGUUACGCGCCGAACGGAGUCAAACAAUCGACUUCCCGAUUUCGUGCUGAGUGCUGUCUCGUUCGUCUACAGACGACGCUAUUUCCGUUUAUGUAAAUAAUCGUUAUUCGCUCAUAGGUCGAUCGCACGGCGAGAAAUCUCCCCGAUUCCUUUAAUUUGCCCUUAAAACCUUCUGUGUGUUAAAAUUGGGGUGUAUGGACGUCACAAUAGAGGAUUGUGUCGAGUUUUCCCUUUGCAAUUACCUAUCUUCUGCGUUUAAAAGUUUUUAUUUGCAACCUCUGCAGACAAGCUGCUCAGACUGUGCUAGGUUGAUCAUCAGAGCGAGAUAUAGGAAUAACGAUUAUUCACACAAUCGUGGGAUCAACUACUUCCGGCGACAUGCCUUUUAUUGUUGCGUGCGAGUUCAUAUCCGCACAAUAGUGUGCCCUCGUAAAUCUGUUCCGUCAAAAUUCCGGACUGUCAAAUUUUCUUAAGAGAUUGCCUGUCAUUUUAUUUCUAAUGCAUGAAGGUUCUUAACAAUCUCAGUUUGCAAGAGGGUUUUUGAGAAAAACUUUUGGGUGUCGAAAGGCAGAAAAAACAUUAGAUUGCCUACCUAUUGUGCAUUUUGUUAAUACCACCAAGAGGUAAGUGGGCGGGUUAUUAAUCUCAGGACUUGCAUGCCCAGCAUCUUUUGGACAGUUUGGGAAAUUAUCUUCACAGAUAACAGGGCAUGUCCGUUCUUCGUUGCCUUCCAGGGCUACUCCACUGGACUAUGCAUCACAAAGGACGACAGAAACAGUGAACUGCGGGGACGCAUCCGCAGUCUGCUUUGCAGAACUCGCGAAACCAGCAGAAGAGAUGCAAAGAAUCCGCAUCUGAAGCCACUGACCACGAGGCGACGCGAGGUCACUGUUGAAUGA